GAGAAAGGCAGACAAAGUUAGGCAGAGACAGAGAGGAGAGGAGAGGAGAGGAGAGGAGAGGAGAGGGAGACAACUUCCUUUAGUUUAACGGGCUUCACUUGUCUUUAAUCGAAAGUUUCCUAUUUUUAACACCCCUUCCCCAAUCGGGUCCUCAGCCAUCCCCAACCAUAGCAGUAGCAGUCCUUCCUGGCUCUGUUCCCCUUCGAUUUUCUCGAUUUUUCUGUUGGAGGGCUGAGCUGAACAGUCUUGCUUGAUGGGUUCUUGCUGGAGCUCUCGAAUCAAAGCUGAGAGCCCUCUUCACCGAGGGGCGAGCUCGAGCAGUUCCAGGAAAGACGGGAACAACUCAGGAGACUUCAGCAGCAGGGUGUCCUCGAUGCCCCAGACUCCUCGAACUGAGGGUGAGAUUUUGCAGUCCUCCAAUAUAAAAAGCUUCACCUUUAACGAGCUCAAGACCGCGACCAGAAACUUCCGACCCGAUAGUGUGCUGGGUGAGGGCGGCUUUGGGUGCGUGUUCAAAGGGUGGAUCGACGAACAGACUUAUACUCCCGCGAAACCAGGAACCGGGUUAGUCAUUGCAGUCAAGAGGCUUAACACGGAAGGAUUUCAAGGUCACAAGGAGUGGUUGGCGGAGAUAAAUUACCUGGGGCAGCUCUACCACCCCAAUCUCGUGAAGUUGAUUGGUUAUUGCCUAGAGGAUGAGCACCGGCUUCUGGUAUAUGAGUUCAUGCCUCGAGGAAGCCUAGAGAACCAUCUCUUUAGGAGGAGCUCCUAUUAUCAGCCAGUUCCAUGGAAGAUCCGUUUAAAGGUCGCCCUUGGCUCUGCGAAGGGCCUCGCAUUCCUCCACAGUGACAAAGCGAAAGUGAUAUAUCGGGACUUUAAGACUUCUAAUAUCCUACUGGAUUCGAAUUAUGAUGCGAAGCUCUCCGACUUUGGGUUGGCCAAGGAUGGGCCUGCAGCAGGUAAAAGCCACGUCUCAACAAGAGUCAUGGGCACUUACGGAUAUGCCGCUCCGGAGUAUAUGGCCACAGGUCAUUUGACAGAAAAGAGUGACGUGUAUAGCUUCGGGGUCGUACUUCUCGAGAUGCUCUGUGGCAGAAGGGUAUUGGACAAGAACCGGCCUUCCGGAGAGCAUAACCUAAUCGAGUGGGCCAAGCCUUUCCUCUCAAGCAAGCGCAAGAUCUUCCAUGUGAUGGACACCCGGAUCCAGGGCCAGUACUCCCUCAACGGUGCCCUGAAGGCUGCCAGUAUUGCCAUCAAGUGCCUCUCGCCUGAGCCGAAAUCCCGUCCCCACAUGAACGAUGUCGUGAGAGCACUGGAACAACUCAAGGAGUCCGAAGAGUUGGUUGUAGCAAUCGAGUCCCAACAGAAAAUGGGCCGAGACCUUAGUGCAGACCCCAAGUACCGUAGGAGAAGUGCGAACGAUAUUUAUAAUGGGAAAUCUUCGGCUUCCUAUCCUAGGCCGUCCUAUGCCCCUGCAGUUCGCACUUGAUUAAUUAGGUGAAUCUCAACCGGUGUUUUUGUAAGACACAACCAGAUGUUCUGCAUCGAUGGGCAUCCAUCCAUCAGAUCGGUUGAUUAUUUGUACAUAUGACAAUAUUAUUUAUGAGCUUCUGAGUCAAUAUAAUGUAACUUCAUAGAUUGUGAAAAUUGAAAAAUAUGCAGAGCCUAAUGAAAAUACGAUAUCGGCCUUCUCUUC